GGUAAUGCCUGUGGCAGGGGCGGAACUGCUAGGUGGUCUGAGCCGGGCUUUGCGCUGGGGUCGGGCUGUCACACAAUGACUGGAAGUCGCGACUUCGUCUCCUUCGUGCCACAUGGUUUUCAAAGCCCUUGAUCCGCCGGUUCCUUUUGUUUGGGAACCAUGGAGCCGCAUCCAGUCCUUCGGAUUUGGGGAAAUAGAAGGGGUACAGCGGCGUCCCUAGGCCGUUCCAAAGGUCGCUUGUCUGGCCCUCGGCCACUGCGAGUCCUGGCACCCACCUUGACCUUUGCUCAGACCAGCAGGUGUUCCUUCAAUGGUGCCUUAGCUACUGUUCCUGUCCAGGACCUGGGCUCCACUGUCAUCAAAGAAGUCUUGAAGAGGGCCACUGUGGUUCCAGAAGAUGUGUCUGAGGUCAUCUUUGGACACGUUUUGGCAGCAGGCUGUGGGCAGAAUCCUGUUAGACAAGCCAGUGUGGGUGCAGGAAUUCCCUACUCUGUGCCAGCAUGGAGCUGCCAGAUGAUCUGUGGGUCAGGCCUAAAAGCUGUGUGCCUUGCAGCCCAGUCAAUAGGGAUAGGAGACUCCAGCAUUGUGGUUGCCGGAGGCAUGGAAAAUAUGAGCAAGGCUCCUCACUUGGCUCACUUGAGAACAGGAGUAAAGAUAGGUGAGAUGCCGCUGACUGACAGUAUACUCUGUGAUGGUCUUACAGAUGCAUUUCACAACUAUCAUAUGGGUAUUACAGCUGAAAAUGUAGCCAAAAAAUGGCAAGUGAGUAGAGAAGAUCAGGACAAGGUUGCAGUUCUGUCUCAGAAUAGGACAGAGAAUGCACAGAAAGCUGGCCAUUUUGACAAAGAGAUUGUACCAGUUUUGGUGUCAUCUAGAAAAGGUCUUAUUGAAGUUAAAACAGAUGAGUUUCCUCGCCAUGGGAGCAACAUAGAAGACAUGUCCAAGCUAAAGCCUUACUUUCUUACUGAUGGAACGGGAACCGUCACCCCAGCCAAUGCUUCAGGAAUAAAUGAUGGUGCUGCAGCUGUGGUUCUUAUGAAGAAGUCAGAAGCUGAUAAACGUGGGCUUACACCUUUAGCACAAAUAGUUUCCUGGUCCCAAGUGGGUGUGGAGCCUUCCAUUAUGGGAAUAGGACCAAUUCCAGCCAUAAAGCAAGCUGUUACAAAAGCAGGUUGGUCACUGGAGGAUGUUGAUGUAUUUGAAAUCAAUGAAGCCUUUGCAGCCCUCUCUGUUGCAAUAGUUAAAGAACUUGGAUUAAACCCACAGAAGGUCAACAUUGAAGGAGGGGCUAUAGCCUUGGGCCACCCUCUUGGAGCAUCUGGCUGUCGAAUUCUUGUGACCCUGUUACACACACUGGAGAGAACGGGCGGAAUUCGUGGUGUUGCGGCCCUGUGCAUUGGGGGUGGGAUGGGAAUAGCAAUGUGUGUUCAGAGAGGAUGAAUUGCUUAAACUUUGAACAACCUCAAUUUCUUUUUAAACUAAUAAAGUACUAGGUUGUUAUAUGUGAAAUCAGAGGACCAAAACACAGAUGGAAACCAUUUCCUAUAUCACAAAAACCCAAGUUUACAGCUUGUUGUACUUUAAUGUGUAAUACUUAGGUCAAGGUACAAGACAAUUGCAUUUAACAUUGUUAUAAAUAAAAGAGACAUCAGAUCAAUCA